AGAAGGAAAAAAAAAAAAAAAAAAAAAAAAACCCCAGAAAAGCGGACUACAUCUUCAGUUUAUGAAUGGCCCCGACAUGGAGGAAGCGCCGUUUGAGAAAGUCCGAAGCCGGCGGAAGAGGAGUCCGUGUCCGCCGGGCUUCCCCGUGAGCAGCAUCGCCUGCGAGGACGAGUUCGACUGCAAGGAGCUGGAGUCGCUGUUCCAAAACUACAACCUGAAGCUGGAGCAGACGUCCGCGCUGAAGGCGCUCGCCGUGCUCAUCGUCAUGUCGUCGGCGCUGGCCGGCGCGGAGCUCCUGGGCGGCCCCGGCCACCUCACCAUCUCCAAGGGCUCGCACCCGGUGCACUGCGUCGUCUUCGCGUCGCUCUUCAUCGUCACCAACGUCAAGUACCUGCAGGUGACCCAGUUGCAGCAGAUCGUCAACCUGAGCCUGCUCUUCGGCUUCACCUUCGCCUUCCUCUGCUGCCCCUUCUCGCUGGGCGCCGCGGGCCCGGAGCCGCAGACGCAGACGCAGACGCCGACGCCGCCCGACCAGGGCGUGUGGCAGCUGGUGCUGGUCACCUUCGUCGCCUACGCGCUGCUGCCCGUCCGGACCCUGCUGGCCGUGCUCUUCGGGCUCACGGUGUCCGUCUCGCACCUCAUUGUCACCGCCACCUCCGUCAGGACGCAGAAACUGUGGCGGACGCUGGUGGCCAACACGGUGCUGUUCACCAGCGUCAACCUGUCGGGCCUGUUUGUGCGCAUCCUGACGGAGCGAGCGCAGAGGAAGGCCUUCCUGCAGGCACGCGACUGCAUCGAAGAGCGACUUCGCAUGGAGGACGAGAACGAGAAACAGGAGCGCCUGCUCAUGAGUUUGUUGCCCAGGAACGUCGCCAUGGAGAUGAAGGAGGACUUCCUGAAGCCACCAGAAAGGAUUUUUCACAAAAUCUACAUCCAGCGCCACGACAACGUCAGCAUCCUGUUUGCAGACAUCGUUGGCUUCACCAGCUUGGCCUCCCAGUGCACCGCCCAGGAAUUGGUCAAACUCCUGAAUGAGCUUUUCGGAAAGUUUGACGAGCUCGCUACGGAGAACCACUGUCGCCGGAUAAAGAUCCUGGGAGAUUGCUACUACUGCGUGUCUGGACUGACCCAGCCCAAGACGGACCACGCCCACUGCUGCGUGGAGAUGGGACUGGACAUGAUUGACACCAUAACGUCAGUGGCGGAGGCCACGGAAGUCAACCUGAACAUGCGCGUGGGCCUGCACACGGGCCGGGUGCUGUGCGGGGUGCUGGGCCUUCGCAAGUGGCAGUACGACGUGUGGUCCAACGACGUCACUCUCGCCAACGUGAUGGAGGCCGGGGGACUACCCGGGAAGGUCCACAUCACCAGAUCCACACUGGAGUGCCUGAAUGGCGAUUACGAGGUCGAGCCGGGAAACGGUCACGAGCGCAACGCCUUCCUCCAAAAACACCAGAUCGAAACUUUCUUUAUCGUGCCGUCUCACCGACGCAAGAUUUUCCCAGGAUUGAUUCUUUCGGAUAUCAAGCCGGCCAAAAAGAUGAAGUUCAAGACGGUGUGCUACUUGCUGGUGCAGCUCAUGCACUGCAGGAAGAUGUUCAAGGCAGAGAUCCCCUUCUCCAAUGCCAUGAAUUGUGAGGACGGCGAUAAGCGGCGGGCCAUGAGGACGGCACCGCAGAAGUUGCGGAACCGGCCCAAAGCCAACCGGGCCAACGUGGUCCAGAGCAGCCCCAGAACGCGGGUCAACCGCUACAUCGGGCGGCUGAUCGAAGCCCGGCAGACCGAGUCGGACACGGCCGACCUCCACUUCCUCACGCUCGUGUACAAGUGCUCGGAGCGCGAGCGGAGGUACCAUCAGGUUCCAGAUGAGUACUUCACCAGCGCUGUGGUUCUGUCUCUGAUCCUCGCGGCCUUGUGCGGUCUCGUAUAUCUUGUCAUCAUCCCGCAGGGCACGGUGGUGCCGGUGCUGCUCGUCUUCUGCAUCUGUUUCCUGGUGGCGUGCGUCAUGUACCUGCAUAUCACCAGAGUACAGUGCUUUCCCGGGUGCCUGACGAUUCAGAUUCGCACCGCUCUCUGCAUUCUCAUCGUGCUCUUAAUCUAUGCUGUGGCCCAGGCCUGUGUGGUGGGCUGCAUGCCCCGGAUGUGGGGUCCCGCCAAGACCAACAGCUCCACCGUCAUCAUCGACACGGACGGCGACGUCAACCGCACCGCGGCCGAGCUGCCCUGCGAGGGCGCCCGCUACGCCUUCCUGUCGUGCGCGGUGGGCACGCUGACCCUGGCGCUCUUCCUGCGUGUCUCCUGGCUGCCCAAGAUGGCGCUGAUGCUCCUGCUGGUGGUGCUCUACAUCACCGUGCUGGAGCUCAGCGGUUUUCGCAAGACCGCCGGCGGGGGGUCCUUCCACAUCCGGGGCUUUGAGCCCAUACUGUCUCUGUUGCUCUUCGUCAGUGCCCUGGCCCUCCACUCCAGGCAGCUUGACCUCAAACUGCGCUUGGACUUCCUCUGGGCGGUGCAGGCGGAGGAGGAGAGGGACGGGAUGGAAAAAGUCAAACUGGACAACAGGCGGAUCCUGUUCAAUCUGUUGCCGGCACACGUGGCCCAACACUUCCUGCUGUCCAACCCCAGGAACAUGGUGAGCCCAGCUCAUAGGCAGGCAGACACACACAAACAGGAUCUGUACUACCAGUCUUACGCGCAAGUAGGCGUCCUGUUUGCGUCCAUCCCAAACUUCAACGACUUCUACAUCGAGCUGGACGGCAACAACAUGGGAGUGGAAUGCUUGAGACUCCUCAACGAGAUCAUCGCAGACUUUGAUGAGCUCAUGGACAAGGAGUGCUACAGAGAUAUCGAGAAGAUCAAGACCAUAGGCAGCACGUACAUGGCGGCCGUCGGCCUCGUCCCCACCGUCGGAACCGAGGCCAAGAAGUCAAUUUAUGACCACCUGAGCACAAUAGCGGACUACGCCAUCGAGAUGUUUGACGUGUUGGAUGAAAUCAACUACCAGUCUUAUAACGAGUUUGUCUUAAGAGUGGGGAUCAAUGUUGGUCCAGUGGUGGCGGGGGUCAUCGGGGCGCGGCGACCCCAGUAUGACAUCUGGGGGAAUACGGUCAACGUGGCCAGUCGCAUGGACAGCACGGGAGUACCGGGGAAGAUACAGGUGACGGAGGAGGUCUACCGCCUGCUGAACUCCGACUACGACUUGGUGUGCCGCGGCAAAGUGAGCGUGAAGGGCAAAGGGGAGAUGCUGACUUACUUCCUGGAGGGCAAGGUGCAGGGCGUGGGCACGGCCACCACCUCCUCCGUGGUGCGCUCGGCCAGCCUGGCGCGCCGCAUCCACUCCUGCGGCAAGACCAGCGUGCCCGCCAACCUGGGCAGCGUCUCCUCGGUCGCCGCCGCCGCCGCCCCCAACAGCCAGCCGACGUGCUUGCCCUCUUCCCGCGUGCCUGCGGUGGGUGAGGAGGAGGAGGAGGAGGAGGAAGAGGAAGAGGAGGAUUUAGCUGUGACAGAGAUUGAGAUUGAGGCUGUGGCGACUGUGGCUGACGCUGCGGUGUAGACGCAAACGCAAGCGAGCGACCUCGGCGAAGGUAAGAAGAGCCAAGAUGGAGGCCUUGAGGAGAGCCGCCUGCACGUUUCCUGCGGGUGCCACGCUCGUGCAGGAAAUCCAAAUUUGCUGGGUUUUCUUUGGUUUGUUUGGUUUUUGAAGGAAAUGUCAGCUAGCUGCUUUCCACUCUUUGGACAAACUGUCCUUUUCUUUGCAGGUAAAAUCUCCGCAGAGGGGAUAUUUUCCUCCCCAAAAAAGAUCUUUCUAAUGAUGCCAAGGAUGCAUUCAAUGAUUUCAAGCUGUCACAGCGUUUCUUUUUAUGGUGCGCCUAAGCAUGUGCGUAUGUAUUUGUGAGUGUGUGUGUGCUUGUGUGACAUUUUGAACACUUUUGCUGACACAUUUCUAAUUAGCAGUGCAUGACUUUUUACAAGUUGAUAGCCAUAGCUACGCUUUCCCCUUCAAGUUUUUCCAAUAUGGCAUCCACCAGAUGAGCACUCUCUUGAUAACACCGCCAGAUAAGCUCAAAUGGGUCUUUUCUGCUUGAACAAACUACAGUGGAACCUUUCAAGUCAAAUGCAAUUCAUUGAGGGACGCUUUAGAUUUGAUUUUACAGAGGAUCCCGCAUACUCACAGUUCGGCACCUGCGGAAUCACCUAUUUUCUUUUUUGCUUUUUGUUUCUGCAAUUCUUUUUCUUUUGCUUUUUUGGGGAAGAAACUAACCCCGGAAUUGCGAAAUGGCAUUUCAUCCCUACUUAUUUAAGACUUUUUGGGGUUUGAAAAAUAAAUAAAUAAAUAUAUAUAUAUAGAUAAUAAGAUAUAAGAUAUAAUACAAAUAAAUAAUUGAUUUUCCAUGCAGUUAUAAUGGGCGUCAAUUAUCCACGGUAUCAAACAUUUUUCCUCAUUGGAAGUAGUAUGGCUAAAACAACAAACUUUCCUAACUGUCAUAAAAGUAUAAAAAUAAGGUAACCCCAGUCAAUAAGAUGUAAUAGCAACUGUAUGUUUACCGUCGUGACAGUGCAACUAAGUUUACCCCUGUUGCUAAGAAUAAUAAGACGUCCAAACACGGACAACGUGAUUUACUGUACGUCGUGGUUGCAUCUCAUUGUUUUACAGUCUUAACUCGUCAAAGUGCGCAAAAUAAAUGACUCAACUCUUCUAUAUAAUAAGUCAUAAAACAAUAACAAUAAUAAUGCGCCUUCUUUUGGUAUAAGUGUUGCGUGGGGAAAAAAGCCAAAGAAAAAGACAACAAAUUCAUCCUUUGUGGCCCUUUGCGAUGUCAUGCGAAACGGGGCUGCAGCUAUUGUCGCGGAGAAAGCCAAAGAACAAGCGGAACACGUGCAGAAUCGAGCACAAAGGGAAGGAGAAAAAAAAAGAAAAGAACAUUUUGCCAUUUUGGACUUUUA